UCUCUGCCCAGGAAAGGGUAUUUAUAUUGGUGAAUUUGGUAGAUUGUUUAACCAAAACAUGGAGUCCCCUCAUCCUCGUGUAGUGGAAGAUUGUCUAGGAAUUUUGCAACUAUUUAGCGAUGGCUCCAUUUCCCGCACCCACGAUAUUCAAUUCCCCACCAAAGUGGAGGAUGAUGGCACCGCCGUCUGGAAAGACUGCUUAUACCACAACCAACGCAACCUCCACCUCCGCCUCUACAAGCCCCGCUCCACCCCCGCCGCCGCCCUCCCCGUUCUCUACUUCUUCCACGGGGGCGGUUUCUGCGUCGGCUCGCGGACCUGGCCCCACCACCACACUUGCUGCCUCCGCCUUGCCUCCGCCCUGCAGGUCAUGGUGGUGGCGCCUGACUACCGGCUAGCACCGGAGCACAGGCUCCCCGCUGCCGUAGAGGAUGUGCUCAGCUCUCUCAAGUGGCUGCAGCAGCAGGCUCUGCUGGCUGACGGCGGCGGUGAUGAGUGGCUGCGGGAGGGAAUUGAUUUCGGGAGAGUGUUCGUGGUGGGUGAUUCCUCCGGCGGGAACCUGGCCCACCAUCUGGCGGUGGAGCUCCGCCGUGGAUCGCCGGAGUUGGCCCCGGUUAGGGUGCGGGGCUACGUGCUGUUGGCGCCGUUUUUUGGCGGCGUUGUCAAAACUGAAUCUGAAGCACAAGGACCGCCGGAACAUUUCUUGAAUUUAGAAAUUCUCGACAGAUUUUGGAGGCUGUCACUUCCAAGUGGAGAGACAUCAGACUGCCCAUUUGCAAACCCUUUCGGGCCAUCAAGCCCUAUUUUGAACCACAUAAAUCUUGACCCAAUAUUCGUAGUGGUUGGAGGGAGUGAAAUUAUGAAAGAUAGAAUUGUGGAUUAUUUCAAAAGACUGAAAAAGAUAGGAAAAAAGGUUGAUUACGUGGAAUUCCAAGGUGAACAACAUGGUUUCUUUGUUAAUAAACCUACCUCACAAGUUGCUCACAAAGUAAUAGAAGAAAUAAAUAAUUUUAUGACCAAAACUUUUCUUUGA